UGCUGGAGGGUGUGGACUAACGGUUGAACCCAAAAGUGUUUUCAGAAAUACUGGAAGUGCUGUCUCAAUUGCCAUGUUGAUAUCAGGUGCUGCAUUGGCCAUUUUGUCACUUGUGCUCAUAGCAGCCACACUACUCUGCAAGCAUCGGAUGUCAUUGAGGUACACAAGGGCUCCACAACAGCAGGACUCAGAAUUUGACGACGAGAGCAUUUCGGAUCUGGAGUUGUCCACAGAUGCAUUUGCUGAAGAGCUAGGAAGGGGCGAAUAUGGUACGGUGUUCAAAGGUGUACUGAUCAACAGCAACAAGGACAUUGCCGUGAAGAGGCUUGAGAGGAUGGCGGAAAAUGGGGAGAGAGAGAGAGUUCCAAAGGGAAGUGCGGGCAAUUGCACGAACGCACCACCGGAACCUGGUGUGCUUGCCGGGAUUCUGCAAUGAAGGAAUGCACUGCCUAGUUGGAGCAACAGGGUUGCGAUUAGAUGCACUGCCUAGUUGGAGCAACAGGGUUGCGAUUGCGCUGGAUGUUGCAAGGGGUUUACAGUACCUUCAUGAAGAGAUAGAGGGCCCUAUGAUUCACUGUGAUAUUAAGCCAGAGAACAUACUCAUUGACAGCGUAGGGAUGGCAAAGAUAGCAGACUUUGGCCUGGCGAAGCUGCUAAUAGGGAACCAGACAAAGACUUUCACUGGCGUCCGAGGCACGCGUGGAUAUCUUGCACCAGAAUGGAGCAAGAACAUGACAAUCACUGUGAAGGCAGAUGUUUACAGCUAUGGUGUCAUGCUUCUUGAGAUAAUAAGCUGCAAGAAGAGCAUGGAACUGAAGCUGGCUGGUGAGGAAUGCAGGCCUACGAGCAUGUGAUAUCUGGUGACUUAAAGAAAGUGGCAGCCGGCGAAUGUGUCAAUGAGGUCGAGUUGGAAAGGAUGGUGAGGAUCGGCAUUUGGUGCACACAGAAUCAACCAGUGACACGGCCUACUAUGAAGAGCGUUGUUCAGAUGAUGGAAGGAGGCGCUCAAGUUCAGCGGCCUCCGCCACCUGCAUCAUUUUCACAGUCACUGAUGCGAUCUGGAGGCAGCUGAUAACUCUGACUGUCACUACAAAGGUAAGCUUCCCGUCCGGCAAUCACUAGAAAGGAAGAAUGGAGUGAGGAAGAGGUAAUUAGCAGAUGCAUGUAAUUUAGCAAAUAGAUGUUCACGAGUGCUAUUGUCCUGAUUUAGUUGU